AUGGAUCCGUCUGAGUUGUAUACCGCGGAGGUGGUGGAAAAGACCUUGCGAUGCAUCUCGAAGACCGGCGAGGAAAAGCAGGUUGACUUGAAACAUAUCGUCGGCGUGACGCAUAGCCAUGAACACCACCAGCAGCCAACUUACCGUGUGCUGUUCCUUGCGGACGCCGAAGAGAAUCGAGACGAAUCUCCUCUUAACUUGACCAAGUGUGAUAUUACAUCCUUACCUGUCGUGAUAUCGACCCGAUCUGGCACCGGCAUGGCACAUGCGGUCUUCCAGAGUUCUGUGAAGCCGCUCUUGGAGUAUCUGGCAUUGGACUAUUUGAUUUUUGAGACUCAAUCCGCGGAAACCAUUAUUGAAAUUUCGCGAUCGCGUUUCUUGGAGCAAGCGUGUGCGGGAGUCCCUCAAACUAUCAUCCUCUUAUCCGGCGAUGGUGGCCUAAUUGACAUCGUCGAUGUGUUCUACAAAUCUGCACGAACCGUUCAAAUGAACCCGUGUAUUGCGUUAGUCCCUUGCGGGACGGGAAAUGCAAUGGCCAGCUCCCUUGGACUCCGUUCUGGCCCCAUCUCCGGUCUCACUGCCCUCCUCCGGGGCCAACCCCUCCCGGUUCCCAUAUUCACGGCCAAAUUCUCCCCGGGGAGCCAGUUGGUGAUUGACGAGGGGCGCCAGCGAGUCUCGAUAGGCCCCCAGCUUGAUGCUCCCUACCAGACCAUCUAUGGCGCGGUGGUUACGAGUUGGGGUUUGCAUGCCGCCUUGGUCGCUGACAGUGACACAACCGAAUAUCGCAAGUUUGGCUCCGAGAGAUUCAAGAUGGCCGCGAAAGAGCUUCUUUACCCCUCGAAUGGUAUGGAGCCGCAUCGAUUUCAAGGCCAAAUUACUCUGACCGUGUCCGAUGAUGGCUCAACAGCCGGGGAUUCUGGUUCUGGGGAUCGUGAACAGGAGAUCAUCAAAGAUGACGAGCAUAUGUAUGUUCUUGCGACUUUGGUGCCUCGCUUGGAGAAGGAUUUCUUGAUCUCUCCCGAGUCAGAGCCCUUGGACGGACAGAUGAGAUUCUUACGGUUUGGGCCUUUACCCGCGGAGGAAGCUAUGCGCCUCAUGACCUUGGCCUACCAACAAGGACAGCAUGUCCUUGAUGAGAAAGUUUUGUAUAAGAGAGUUGACCAGCUGCGCAUAGAGUUUCAGGAAGACAACGAACGUUGGCGUCGCGUCUGCGUCGAUGGGAAGAUUGUGGCGGUCGCUCAAGGGGGCUGGAUGGAACUCUCCAACGAUCCUCGGCAGCUGCUGUGUGUGAUCAAGCCAAGCGAAUAG